AUGGGUGUGGCUGGAAACCGCGGCAGCUCAGGUAAGCAGCGGCACCCAGAAGCAAGGCGGUUUCCGGAGACCCGGCGGAGAGGAGAGAGCGGCUGGGCAACCCCGAGAGCAGCCUCAGCCAGCCCCUCGCUCGCUCGCUCGCUCCUUUGGGACGCCUGCGCCGCGGCAGAGCGGCGGCGCUCAACCUCAGCCUCCCUUAGCAACCUGAACGCACCGCCCAGGUGCCUUCCUAUUGGCCUCCGGAGCUUGAUGGGCAGCUCCGCAGCGCAAUCCCACGUCGCAGCCCCCGGCUCCGCGCUUACUCAUGGGAGGGCCCGUCGGCGUUACCGCCCCCCCGGGUGCCCCGCCCCCCGGGUGCCCCGCCCCUGCCCGAGCCCCCUGUGGCGCCUGCGCGGGCGAGCUGGGGCUGUGUGCGGGGCCAGCGCGGAGCCGGAGCAGCCGCCGAGAAGCUCCUGGGCUCCGCCGAGACCGCCGUGCCCGCUCGCCGCCUCGGCCGCCGCCGCCGCCGCCGCCGCCGCCUCAGCCGCCUCAGCCGCCUCAGCCGCCUCAGCCUCGAGCCGUCGCCGCCGCCGGGCGAGCGGCCGCCUAUUGUCCUUCCCGGCGGCGAGGUGCGGAGCUGCUCCGGCUGGGCCCGCGGGGGAGCCCCGGGCGCCGCACGGUGAGAGCGCAACUUAG